GCACAAGAUACUUCUCUCCACUUAUGUCAAAGGGUAAUAUCGACUUCGCUUCGUUUUAGGGAAGCUCGCCCAAGGAAAUCAUGUUUCUGAUUACGUUGCUGCAAUAUUUUCCAUGCUCUUGGGAUAUUACUUUUGUGUAAAAUCCUGUUUGCGUUAUUUUUUCGCGGAUUUGGCAGAUUAUUCGGAGGUAUUUUAGUGUCGAACCUCCGUGUUGGUUCAGUUGAUGUCCACUCAAUUUUGCUAAUCGCUGUCCUACUUCGGGAUGUCGAAGUAAAACAGCCUCAUCGCUCAGAAUUACAAGGAUUGCAUUAAAGAAACACGGGAUACUUAACAACAUGUCGAGGUUAACAUCCAAACGUGUUUUGUGGGUAAUUGCUUGCUUCGUUGCCUUCUUGCAACCGCCAUGUUUAUGUUUUGGAUCGGCGCAAGAAUGCCCUUCGAAUUGUUCCUGCGACGAAAGCAAGGGAAUCGCAACUUGCGCCGGAACUAUUUCAGUAAAUGAACUUAACCGUUUGCCAAGUUGGGCUAAGAAAAUAAAGUUUUCCCCAGCUCCAGAUUUAUGUGAUGAUGUAUUCAAGCAAAUUAUUGAUUUUGCUCAUUCUGCUGGAAUCGAGUUGAUGGGGAUACCCUUGGACUGUGGAGAGACAAAAAGUAGAAAACGUCGAGAUGUAGCAGGUUCAGAACCUGGUGCACCAAAUACUACCGCGCCAUCUGGCCCAGAUGGGUUACCAGUAUUCCCUUGUGAUUUUGAGCAAGGGUUCUGUCAGUGGCUUCAGUCCUCAGAUAGUGAUUUCCAGUGGACACGACACAAGGGAAGUACGGCAUCAUUAGACACUGGCCCAAGCAGUGAUCACACCACAGUCAAUGGCACAGGCUGGUAUAUAUACAUCGAGACCUCAGAUCCGAAUAGGGAAGGAAAUAAAGCAAGAUUGGUCAGCCCGACCCUUCGCCCAGUGGAUCCAAGGAAUCCAUGCAACGCAACUUUCUUUACCCACAUGUACGGCAAUGCUAUUGGUCAGCUGAAUAUCGUCCAAGCGCCAGUCAUUGGGCAUGACGUCACCAAGCUUUCAAUCACAUCACAGCUCGGCAACAUGUGGGUGAUGAAGCAAGUCGUGUUCGACAGCAGCCGGGAGUUUCAGAUCGUUCUGGAAGGCGUCCGUGGCUCAAGUUACAGAGGCGACAUCGCCUUAGAUGACAUCACUUUCUCAGAAGGCUGUCAGCGGUUAGAGCCUGGCUAUAUACGUCUAGAUGACGGUGACACUUUUAACGCUGGUGAGGUGACCGUGUACUAUAACGGCUCCUGGGGGAGAGUAUGCAGUGAUUAUUGGACCCAGGCCACCGCGGAUGUUGUUUGCCGGGAGCUGGGUUUUGUUAAUGCCAGUAAAAGCACCAAUAACGGUACUGACACGACAGGGAAGACCGCUGGCUUUGAAAGCCUGAUCUGCAGUGGAGGAGAGAAUGCGGUUAGCGCAUGCGCGUCUAGCGGCUGGUCAGACGAACUCAGAUGCACAGCGAACAAGACGGCUGCGGUUGUAUGUCAAGGUGUCACCCCAGUUUGUCCCGCGAAGAACCACGUGCUCUGCCCUAACCCUGCACGUAAUGCCACCCUGGCAAAGUGCAUCUCGCACGGCCAACUCUGCGACUUCGUGGACGACUGUGGCGAUGGAUGGGACGAGACAGGAUGCGCUAACUACACCAACUGCACCUUUGAGGACCCAGGCCUCUGUGGCUGGAUCCAGGCGCAAAAUGACGAGAUGGAGUGGACCCGAAAUCGAGGUUCUACGCCGACUGGUUAUACCGGUCCAGGUAGUGAUCACACGGGCAACUCUUCGAGGUAUUACAUCUAUGUAGAGGUCAGCGGACGAUCAUCGGAGAAAGCGAGUUUGGCCGUCACACCUCGUUUCCAAGGUAACCACGAGGGGCUUUGCAGGGUUCGGUUCUUCUAUCACAUGUAUGGCUGGGACACGGGUCAGCUUCGCGUACUGCUUGUUGAUUGGUUCUCCACUCGAACGGUUUGGGAGAAAAGGGGUUCACAGGGUCAGAUAUGGAAGAGAGCAGAGGUUACACUGUUAAACACCACUCGGUCAUUCAGGGUAAUAUUUGAAGCUGAACACACUGGUAACUCGGCCAUGGGGGACAUCGCACUCGAUGACGUGUCCUUCACACCGGAAUGCAGACCGGCGGCCUUCGAGAAUGUGAGCUGUACGCCCGAGUCGUACAAGUGCCGAUCGGGGGAGUGUAUAUCCUUGGACCUGUUGUGUGACUUCAAUAAAGACUGUCUUGAUGGUAGUGACGAGGAGAACUGCGGAGUUCAAGAUCCGGGCAGAUGCAAUUUUGAGGCCAGCUUCUGUGACUGGAAAAACCUGACCGAUGACGACUUCGACUUCUCGAGGCGCAACUCUCCCACGCCCUCGUGGGGUACUGGCCCCGAAUCCGACCACACCCUGGGCUAUGGCCAGCGUGGUUACUAUAUAUACAUUGAGUCGUCUUCGCCACGCGUGAUGAACGACAAAGCGCGUCUCGCCAGCCCACAGUUCAUGUGGAAGGGUGUCACGGGAUGUAAGAUGAGCUUUUUCUACCAUAUGUGGUCCGAGGCCUCGUACUCGUACAUGGGUACUCUUAAAGUUCUCAUGAAGAAUGCGAUUACCUCCCAAACGGUAGUCCUGUGGCAAAGAUCUGGCUCCCAAGGGAACAAAUGGCUCCGCGCAAUUGUCCCUGUUAACACCACGUGGACUGUGACACAGAUUGUGUUCGAAGCUAUCCGUGGAUCCACAUACCGCGGUGAUAUUGCUCUGGAUGACGUAUCGUUCUCUCCUCAGUGCUAUCCAUCAGAAGCCGUCCACUUGGACAAGAAUUACGACGUUCGUCUGGCCGGUGCCAAGGCAUCCUAUCAAGGCCGGGUGGAAAUUUUCCGCGUGGGGCAAUGGGGAACAGUCUGCAGCGAUGAAUGGAAUACUCCGGAUACUGAGGUUGUCUGCAAACAGCUUGGGUAUUCGAAACCCGUCAUCCUUGGCCCUGUGUCUUUUGGUCCCGGGAAGGGUCCUAUAUGGCUGGACAACGUGCAGUGUUACGGCAACGAGACGAGUCUGGACAGGUGUCAGCACAACGGAUGGGCUAACCACGAUUGCACGCACAGCAAAGACGUUACUGUCGUCUGUGACAUAAAUGGAGGUGUAACCAAGCCUGUUCGUUUGUCCUCGUAUCCCAACAACACUAACGGUGGGCUGGUGGAGAUCUAUCACGCGGGAGCCUGGGGACUAAUCUGCUACGAUCACUGGGACCUUCAUGAUGCUCACGUGGCUUGUCGUCAAGUAGGCCUAGCGGGGGUCAAGGCCGUCACCAAGGAAACUGUCGACGGAUUGCCACGUGUUCACCUUGGCAACGUGAGCUGCGUCGGAAGUGAGGAUACCUUGGCGUCAUGCCCGCAUAGUGGGUGGGGCGUGGGGACCACCUGUAACUAUGGUUACGCAGGUGUGGUCUGUACAGAUUCAAGUGCCUCUGAAGGCGACGUUCGUCUUUUUGGCGGGAGAAAGCCCAGUGAGGGAAGGGUAGAAAUCUUCCACCUUGGGGAGUGGGGUACGGUCUGCGAGGAUGGAUGGACAGAGCAGAAUGCAAGGGUUGUUUGCUAUGAGCUGGGAUUCACGGGUGUCGUGAGUAAAUACCAGAGCUUUGGACCUGGUCGUGGCCAUAUAUGGCUGAAUAAUGUUCAGUGCAGUGGAAUCGAGACCUCCUUGGUCGCGUGUGGACGCAGCAACUGGGGUCAAAACCCUUGCAGCCAUACGGAGGACGUCGGGGUAAUAUGCAGCGAUGAUGCUUACGUGGGCUGCUACAAGGAUAGUGUGCCGCGGGUGAUGAGCCAUAAAUCCCCUACUCUUGACGUCACGCCUGUCAAGUGCAUCCGCUACUGUCAAGCACGUGGUUACCAGUACUCAGGCCUGGAGUGGUCCACGGAGUGUUACUGCGGCGCUCUUUACUCCAAAUAUGGUAACGCAAGCGAGAGCGAGUGCGCGUCUCCUUGUGCUGGUGACGUCACCAAGAUUUGUGGAGGGCCGUACCGACUAUCAGUCUACGUUGCUCAACCAGUAAUUCUACCCAGCUCAUCCCCAGGCUACCCGCCCGUCAGACAGAGUUGUUCCCAGAUAGUGCCAGCACGAUAUACCGGCUACAGCAUGCUUUUGCCAAUGAGUAUGAGAAAUUACUUCGCCGGAACACACACUUCAGGCUACAUCACGUCUCCAAACUACCCUUCCGAUUACCCAAACAAUGUCCAGUGCGUUUGGGUUCUCAAUCUGCAGCCAGGGACGGAAGCCAGGAUAACAUUCGUCGACUUUAAAACAGAAUUAAAGUUUGAUUACGUUGAGAUACGAGAUGGAAAGAGAAGCUACUCGAGCCUGCUGACUCCAUACCUAGGGAUCAGCGGUAAAAAUUUGAGAACAAGAACUUACGUGGCCUCUACUAACUCCAUGUGGAUAAAAUUCACGUCGGAUUCAUCUAUUAUCGACAAGGGUUUCAAGCUAAACUACUACAUUACUAGUCCAACCACGACGUUAAGUCCUGUACCACCCACAUCCUUGCCAAUGAGCAGCCUGCCAAAUGUCCAAAUGGUGCAAGGAAAUUGUAAUGGCGUCACACAGUAUCCAGGAGACACAUUUGGCUAUUUAGACUUUUAUCACAAUCGGGGCUAUAUUCAAAGUCCUCGUUAUCCAAACAGUUACCCAAAUAACAUGGAUUGCCGCUGGACCAUAAUAGUGCAGGCUGGUUUUAUUGUGCGCAUUACUGUCGCUGUCUUCGAGCUUGCAGUGAAUGAUUUCCUUCAUAUGUCAAAUGUCAAGUCGACGCAGGCCGCUGAAGGAAAUAAAACAUACUAUUCCAAGGAUAACUUUGCGCUGGUUUGGUUCCAAAGCAAUGGUUAUGGGACGGCCAAAGGUUUUUAUCUCACCUACGAGAAAGUGUCUCAACCGUUGACGAAAGCUCCCACGACUGAAUCUAAUCGUCAUAGUCGCGACAACAUGGGCUUUUCUGCUGGUAAGACCGCGGGGAUAGCUGUUGGCGUUUGCAUACCGAUCGUCAUCGUCAUUAUCGUCUUCGUGGUUCAGUUCCUGAGAGAGAAAAGAAAACGCAGCAACCAAGGAGUUCAGCACACGUUCGUGAACGAGGCCUACGACAACGACAACAUGACUAUGUCAGAGCCAAGCCGACAGCCGACCACUGCUACUGAUAAUGUGCCACAUGCAUUGUCCGCCGAGCCAAGCGUCUUUUACGCAGCGGUAGCACCGCCUCCAUACAGCGCUGCCAUGACAACUGGCGUCUACUUUAUACCGACCAAUCAGAACGGCAGUGUUGCCACAGCCCCACAGUAUGCGCACCUGUACGCCACGCCCCCUCCCUACCAGGUUACGGCGACACCAGCGCCUGUCGCGACCCAUGCCGCGGAUACGCUUGGCUCCACUACAAGCAUAGGCUCCGUUACAACACCAACCAACACGGGGUCUACGGCGCCUUUUGAACGAGCCAAUCGCCUACCUCCUAUUCGUCCCGGUGCGGGUGCCCAGGGCAUGCCUACUGUUGACGUGACCGGGAACGCCACUAAAAAGGUCCUUCCGCAGCAGGAUGAGGCUGGCCCCCUCCCGAACAAAGUCCCAUUAACAACAGAGUUUCCGCCAAGCGACCAGCCUACUCCGACCCAACCCUCCCCUGUGCGUACGGUGUCCCCCACCCCGAGGGGUUUAUCAUUCGACACUGACGUUCCCUUCGAGUUUAUCUGCCCAAUCACAAACGAGAUAAUGAAACACCCCGUAUCGAUUGCUGAUGGAUACACGUACGAACGUCGAGCGAUUAAAUCGUGGCUUCGUCGGAAUUCCAACAGCCCGAUGACUAACGAACCUAUUACGGACACAACACUUCGGCCCAACGAUCAUCUCCGAGCACGGAUCGAGGAGUUUGUGUCGACACACUCUCUAGUCUAACUCACUUGACUCACUUGGUUCGUAUACAAGUGCACAAGAUACGAAUUGAUAUAUCAGACCUACUUUUAGCCCCUUGCAAACAGGGCAGCAUUGCUUAACUGAUCACAAGACAAAGGAAAUUCUGGCAAAUUUUAACGUGUGUACACAGAGCGUAUGUCUUGACGACGCGGGGCUUCAUGCAAACCCUUAUUCAUGUUUAACUUGUUUAACAAAGUACAUGAAUGGUUUUAAUAGCUGCAAGGGAAUCGUGUAUUUAUGUCAGAAUAGAUUUUCUCUGAAUGAAUUUUAAAGCCUUGAAAUCAGGUAGAAUUCAAGUGGUAGUCGUGAUUUUGAAUUCGCUCUACGCCGCGAGUUAGUAUUAUUGGCACGAUAGCAGUCUUGCUUGAGAAUCACCGCACAGUGAUAAGAAUGCAAUUGUUUUAUAUACUUAAAAGUAUUUUACGAAAGAUGCAAACAGACUCAUAGUUUCUUACCUACGAGUUUAUAACGUAUAUCAAAAAGCGUAAGUCUGGCCCAAAGGGCUGUUGUCCAAAUUAUUGGGUCCCUGUGGAAUAAAUCGCGAAAUCGAGGCUUUGAUAGGUCGGCGUUAGUCGUUUUGGUCACUCCGAUGGCUGAAGCCUAGCUUUCACGCUCAAUAUCCACAGGACCCCCAUAUAUGUAAACACAUUCACAUUUUUGGACAUAAUAUAGGGUGUUGGUCCACACGAAAUUUAUAGAUAGCCUCUGGAAUUGUAGUUGUUAAUUGUAAUAUAUAUUUUAAUAUAAUGUAAGAUAAGAUUGAAAUAGCCUGCUUUCAAUCCAAAACAGCCACCAAGAUCGCAAGUUUCCUCUAGCAAAAACACCACCUCAUGCCUGCUAUAUGAGGGUAUACAGUAUCAUCUUCCGUGUGUUUCAAGAAAUUCUGCAUAGAACAGCUUUUUCUCUUCACGAUGGGCUAAAGGCGCCAUAACUUUCGAGAUCAAAUACGACAAACUAGAACACGCCAACAGGCCAAAGGAAUGUGUUUUUUUGCUGGCGCACCAGUUGUGUGGUUGUUAUUGUGGCAUAAGAUAAAACAUUAAAGAAUUUGUAAAAAAAAAAA